GGUUAUGCAACAUACAUUACACAAAUAAUGGACCUUUAACCCUACUUUUAUGGGGGCCAAUUUUAUGGAACUGAGGCGAGUAAAGUGAUUUACUUCUUGUGCGUGAGUGACAUAACCUCAAUUUGUAUUUACAUGGAUGCACCAUCGGACCUGAAGAAAGGGGCCUCUGUGCUUUGCUAUGUCUGCCGUUUAAGAUUCCCCACUUACCCCCCUCACUACUUCCCUCUGUACAUGCUUUUCCGUUAUAAUUGCAUCAGGAGACGGCGGAAGGCCUUCGAACUAGUCGCGUUGCCUUAUGAGGCGAUCGAAAGGUUGAUAAUCAGAGACGGCGCCACUUUCAAUGACGACAUUAACAACACUCUCGUUCUGUCAAAGACCUACCUCCAAAGUCUUGCGAUUGGAGAAGACGUGGUUGUAAUAAACACGAAACCGGCCCAUUUAGUCGGCGCCAGCGGCAUCCCCGAAGAUCGCGCGUACAUUUCAGACACCCUCCACCACAACCGGCGAGUUAACUCGACCACCCUCGCCUACACGACUCUGUCUCGGCUACCGAAGGCCGACGAAGUCGACCUGUCCGCAAUCAGCACGUGCCACGACCUCGGCAGCGCCCUGGUCGACAGUCUCGUGACGAACUACUUCAGGAGUCUCAAAAUCGCGUGCGUCGGAGACGUCAUCUCCGUCGAGCUCGAGAGGUACGCCCCCGAGUUCCGCUACACGAACGGAAAACUGCACGGGUUGCGAUUCGUGCACUUUCGCUGCAAUCGUCUGCUGGUGGGAGAAGUCGGGCGAGAGUUCGGGGUGGUCGUGUUGGGGGAGACGAGCAUAAAACAGUCGGCUAACGUGCAGAGUUUCUUGCCGGCGGUUAUAAGUCGGACGGUUACAUUUGACCCGGCCGACUGCGAGAGGUGGUCCAUUGAUUGCUGUCCGUACGGUCUGAGGGUCUACUCGGAUCGGGUGGUGAAGGCAGUUAGGCCGUUUUUAAAGAGCAAUGCGAUCAAGCUUCGGCCGGCAUUCCUCGUGCUCGGAGCUAAGGGCUCGGGGAAGUCUACGAUAACCUCGGCGGUUGCGUCAUCUCUAGGCCUCCACCUCUUUGCCACCACGAGCGGGGAGAUCAACGCCGCCGUCUACGCCCAAACCGAGUCGAAAUUGAGACACUUAUUUUUCAAGGCGAAACUAUGCUCGCCUUGCUUGGUGCACAUUAAAAACUUCGAGAAUUUCGGGAAAAAUAACGAAGGACUUUACGACGAUAGGAUUUUGAGUUUCUUCGCCGCGCAGCUCGAGGAGCUGUUCAUUCACAAUAAUUUUCCGGUCAUUCUGGUCUGCACGAGUGACAGUAAAGAAAUACCAGCCACGCUGACCCGACACUUCUUGGAGAUCUUCGAGAUUGCCACCCCGAAUACGGCGCAAAGGGCCGAAAUCUUGCGCUGGAUCGUGGACGCGCGAAGUAUCGAAAACAACGCGAGCCUCGACGAGGUGGCCGAGAAGACUCACGGCUUCGUGCUGGGCGAUCUCCGCGCGCUCGUUUUCUACGCGAAGACGCGCUCGGUCUCUAAACUCGAGCAGGGCGAUUUCGAUUCGGCUUUAGAUAGAAUGCAGGCGAUGUAUAGUCAAAGUUUGGGAGCCCCAAAGAUACCGAAGGUUCAAUGGUCGGACGUUGGCGGUUUGGGUGACGUCAAGCACGAGAUCAUCCGAACCGUUAAUUUACCGCUGCAGCAUCCCGAGCUGUUGCGAGCGACCGGCCUGAGACGCUCGGGGAUACUACUGUACGGACCGCCGGGCACGGGAAAGACCCUCAUCGCCAAGGCCGUCGCGACCGAGUGCAAUUUGUGCUUCCUCUCCGUCAAGGGUCCCGAACUGCUCAACAUGUACGUCGGACAAUCGGAGCAGAACGUCAGGCAAGUAUUCGAAAGGGCGCGAGACGCCGCCCCGUGCAUAAUAUUCUUUGACGAGCUCGAUUCGUUGGCGCCCAACCGUGGGAUAUCGGGCGAUUCCGGCGGCGUGAUGGAUCGGGUCGUGUCGCAGCUUCUCGCCGAGAUGGACGGACUAAAUCAAUCGGCCACUGUCUUUAUAAUCGGUGCAACGAAUCGACCCGAUCUCAUUGACCCUGCCCUUCUCCGACCCGGUCGCUUCGAUAAGCUGCUCUACGUCGGUCCCUGCACGGAUCCCGUCUCCAAAAUUGGCGUACUGAAGGCGCUGACGCGAAAAUUUAAAUUGGCCGAGGAUGUCGACCUGGAGAAGAUCGUGCGAAUGUGUCCGGCGAACGUGACCGGCGCCGAUUUCUACGGCCUGUGCUCGCUGGCGUGGUCGUCGUGCGUUCGAAGACUGAUUGAAACCAACACUGAGGACGCCUUGCUGGGAUUAUCUAGCGAUGAUGUGAUGGUGGAACUGUCCGAUUUUCAAGCUGCACUUGUCGGUUUGCAGCCGUCAAUCAAAAACGAGGAUCUGGUGUACUUUGAGAGAUUGCGAAAGGAAUACACUGGCGAGAUUUAGCAUUUUUUUAAUAAGUUUAUAAAAUUGUCACAGCCAUUAAAUAAAUAGUUUUAUAUAAAAAAGAGCGCACUCAACCGUCGGCAACUGAGGGCAAACGGAUAGGGUGUUAAAUUGCAUUGAUUCAGUUGCUCUUUGCAUCAAAUAAAUAAAUAAA